CGAGUAUCUUCCAAAGGCUCGCCAUAGAAGCAUCUAGACAUUUCCAGCACUGAACGACUCUUUUACUUCAAAAUUCCCCAACGCAGCUGCUUUGGGAGUUACGAUUUUGCGUUCGCCAUUCUUCUGAGGAUUUCAAAUUCAAUUGUCAGACAAGAACUUCUGAAAAAAAAAUGAGCCGACAUCCACUUGUAAAAUGGGCUCAGAGGUCGGACAAACUAUUCAUUACCGUAGAGCUUCCAGAUGCCAAGAACGUGAAACUGAAUCUUGAUCCAGAAGGGAAGUUCUUCUUUUCAGGCACCAGUGGUGUGGAUAAUGCACUAUAUGAGUUAGAUAUUGUUUUGUAUGACAAGGUUGAUGUCAAUGAGAGCAAGGCUAGUUUCACGUCAAGAAACAUAUGCUAUCUUGUGAAGAAGGCCGAGAGUCAAUGGUGGAGUAGGCUUCUAAAGCAAGAGGGAAAACCCCCUGCAUUUCUGAAAGUUGAUUGGGACAAAUGGGUAGAUGAAGAUGAACAGGAUGGACAGCCUGGUGAAAAUAUGGACUUUGGCGACUUUGAUUUAUCGAAGCUUAACAUGGGCGGAGCUGGGGAUUUUGAUGAUGACAUUCCAGAUGGCGAUGAAGAUGAUGAGAGUGAUAGUGAUGAUGAGAAUAAGGGAGACACAAACACUGCUGAUGGUGGUCCUGAAGCAGCACCUGCUACCAACACUGGAUCCAAGACGAAGGCUUGAAGUGGCCAAUGACAAUUGUGCUUUCAACAUUGUAACCCCCUGUGUUGUGUGCUUAAUAACUAUGGCUAGCUAGAAGUUAUUGAGUGUAGCUUAAAAGUUCUCUUCUCCAAUGUCUAUGGGAAGUUGAUGGUUAUUUUGGUUUCAAUUGAUGCUUCAUAUUUUCUGCAAAGAGACGAUGAUGUGUUCCUUCGGGUGAAAGGAUCUUUACAAUUUUUUGUGGCUGGUCAUCGUUUUGCGUGUAUUGUGCGUGUGUGUGUGUGUGCAUGUGUGUGUGUGUGUGUGUGUGUUUUUUUUUUAAUGUUAUUGUGGAGUUGGUGGUUGGUUUGUGGUAAUGAUGAUGUGCUGUUGGUUCCAUUUAAGGUAGUUCUCAUUUGAGCUCGUGUUUGCUUAAUUGAUGAGCCAAAUGCUCGGCUAGAACUUGGCUCAUUUAAUAAACUUAAAAUUUAAAAUGAGUUAGUU